UCCUCUGGCCUUUCCAUUUCAAAAUCGUUUGCCUAUACUGAAGAAAGUUGGAAGUAACAGACCACCAAAGGAGGCACCUGCAAAACCAGAAGGGCCCAUUCAAAUAACACUUAAAGACCUGUUAAAUGUUAAAUUAAGAAACACAAAAGAUAAUGAUGAAAUAAAAAAGAUGGUAGCACACAAAUAUGAAGGUAUGCCACAGAUCACUAUAUCCGCAUUAAAAGGUGUAAGUCUGAAGAGUUCUUCUAAGAUGCCACCGAGGCGGCUAGCACAUGUUUUUAAAGAUGGACGUAAUAAAAGCCCUCUGGACUUGAGACACCGUCUUAGAAAAGUCAAUAUGGUGAGGAGCCCAGGAGGAACCCCAAUAUAUGAUAGAGAUAACAAGGAGAAUGGCACAGGACUGACGCCUUUAAUGACAAAAGCUCUAAGGAGAAAAUUUCAGAUGGCUCACCCAAAAAGCCCAUCACCACUGCAAAUGUCUCCUGGAAACCAAGGUCGUGAAGAAGCAUGAUAAAUUCA